CCUGUCAACCAGAGGAAAACAAAACUAUUGUUCUCAUCCUUUGAUUCCUCCUCCUUUGUGACAUUUAGUGCGAAAAUGUCAGAGUACUCUGCCUCACUCCAUGGCGAUCCCUCAAGUCAGCAUUCCCAGCAGCUGAAUCGAUCAUGUGAGUCCUGCAGAAGUCUAAAGGUUCGCUGUCUGCCGAACCUGGCCACGCCCAAUCAGUGCCAGCGAUGUGCCAAAGGAAAUAAAACGUGUGUCUUCAUGGCGCCACAGCGCCGGCGACCUCGUAAACGUACGGACUCGCGUGUAGCGCAGCUUGAAAAGGAGAUGCGCAUGAUGCGCUCCUUGCUCAAAGAUCGUAUUCCAGAAGAUAGUGACCCGGAGUCGCCAGAUGAGAGCGACAAUUCGCAGGAGAACAAGUCUGGCGACGUGGACUUCUCAGCGGAUGUGUCGAGUGGCGUUUCAGAUUCAGUCCAUUUCAUGGACUACUCUUCCGAGAUAUCCAGUACUGUUGGACCCCUCCCUCUGUCCUUUUCUGGUCUGCAUACAAAUUUCAUGUCAGAUCCAAACCCACUGCCCGCGAACGAUAUUAUCGAUCGAGGUGUCAUUUCUCUGAACGAUGCAGAACAACUGGUUUCCUGCUUCAUCCAUGAACACUCGCUCUUUUUCCCUGUGGUUGUUUUGCCUCCCGAUACCACCGCUACUCGACUUCGACAAACGAAGCCGGUGCUGUUUCUUUCCGUGGUCGCUGCGGCUGCAAUUGCCAUCGAUUCUGGGCUCGCAGAGGUUCUUAAUCGCGAAAUAGUUCGUCUAUACGCACAAAGGUUCUUUGUCGAAGGUGAAAAGUCGUUGGAGCUGGUGCAGGCGUUGUUGCUGAUGUGCAUUUUCUAUUUCCCUCCUCAUUCUCCCCUGAAACUGCAAUUUUAUCAAUACGCACACAUUGCCUCUACCAUGGCCUUGGAGAUUGGACUUGCGACGAAACGUCGCGUGCCAAAAAGAAAGUCUGAUCAUAAAGGCCGACAUGAGCUUUAUGACGAGGACAUGGCAGAGCAAGCGAGGGCUGUUAUAGGAUGUUAUCAUCUAGGCUCGAUUGUCGCUAUGAGGACUCGACGACCGAAUUUGCUUCAGUUCAACGACUGGAUGGCGGAGUGUGUGACGCAGCUCGAACAGUCACCACAUCUGUCGGAUAGACAUCUGGGUGUUUGGUUUCAGCUUCAGCGAAUAACUGAUGAGACAGUGUCCUCAUUUGGUCUUGAUGACACGAGUGCCUCCUCACCAUUGACUGAAUCUCGGGUCCAGGCUGUGCUGCGAUGGUUUGACAAACGAAUGGAAACUUGGACCAAGAGCACACCCAACGACAUGCUCACGGUACCCAUCAUCCUCCAGUACCGAAUUACCAAUUUCUCCGUGUAUGACCUCGGCAUAGGAGAGGGAUACCGAGACCCAGAUGCGAUUCAAAAACGAUAUUUCACACUACCUACCCCAGACGAAGGCAAACAAGAAGCCCCGCUCAGCGCAAUCCGGGUCGACAUCAAUGUAAAAUGGAUGCAUGCUGCGCAGGAGCUCCUAGAAGCAGUUCUCACCUGUAGUGUAGAGACAAUGCGCAAGCUGCCCAACCUGGUCUAUACCCGUUUCGUGUUAGCAUUUACAACGCUGCUAAAAAUCCAUUUCUCCGUGCGAACAGGUUCCCUGGGCCAGGUUGUCACCCUCAAGGCAGUCAAUGUCAAGUACUACCUCGACGCAAUUUCAACCCAACUGAGUGAAGCAAGCGGCGGUGGCAAGUAUAAGGUUCCGAGUCGCUGGUUCUUCAUCGUGGCAGUCAAGGGCCGCACCUGGUAUGAGCGUCUGGAGAAGCGGUACACUGGAGUAGACUCCGUGGCUGGAAAGGCACCUGACGGCUUGUCGUCGGGUGAGGCGAUGGUGCCUGUGCAGAUGCCUGGCUCACAGGACAUGCCGUCUCAUAUGGGCCCAAUUGGUAUGCCUGCCGUGGACUCAUACUCAGUUUUGCCGGCUGCAUCACAUAUACCCUCGGGCAUGGAGGGUAGAUAUAUGCCUAUGGGCGCCAACACCGGUAUGUGGCCCGUGGAUGGUGGCCAUGGCCAAGGCCAAAAUCAUUUCUACCAGUCUUUCCCGCCUGGUUACCCAUCUCAACCGCAGGCAGUCCCUUUGCUACCGCAAUAUAUGUAUAAUCCCCAAAUAUCCCCACCGCCAGGUGUUGGUGGUCAGAGGCCCAAGACAGGGAUGGAGCUCGAUGGGUGGCUUCCAGACGGAAGUGUCUUCAGUAUGCCACCUUUGCCUGAAAUCUGA